CUCAGCGACUUUGCUAGCGUUCAAGUCGUUUUGCCGUCUGCCGUUUGCCGGUUCAGAAACCAGAAGGUGUUUAUAGCAUUUGACAUCCGCACAACGACGACAGCACUAAAAUGAACGGACCCAAACUCUGCACUAAACUAUCCAGCACAUAUCUGCGCAAAUGGUGGAUCACAAUUGUAAUUGCGGCCAUUUUGAUAAUUGGCGGCAUUUUGGUGGCCUGCGAAUUCUCGGUGUUGAUCAAUUUGAUCGUUAAUCGGAUGAUAGCACUCCGACCCGGCGCCAAGACCUACGGAUGGUGGGCCAAGCCACCCGUAGAGCCCCGCAUCAGCUUGUACGUGUACAAUGUGACAAAUGCCGACGACUUCCUCAGCAAUGGCUCCAAGGCCAUUGUCGACGAGGUGGGACCCUAUGUCUACACCGAAACGUGGGAAAAGGUGAACAUUGUGGAGAAUGACAAUGGCACAUUGAGUUACAAUCUGCGCAAGAUCUACACGUUCCGCGAAGAUCUCUCCGCUGGGCCCGAAGACGAUGUUGUGAUUGUGCCCAAUAUACCCAUGCUAAGUGCGACAUCACAGAGUAAACAUGCGGCCAGAUUUCUGCGCUUGGCCAUGGCCAGCAUUAUGGAUAUCUUGAAGAUUAAGCCGUUCGUGCAAGUGUCCGUCGGACAGCUGCUUUGGGGCUAUGAGGAUCCGCUGCUGAAACUGGCUAAGGAUGUGGUGCCCAAGGAGCAGAAGUUGCCCUAUGAGGAGUUCGGUCUGCUCUACGGCAAGAAUGGCACCUCAUCGGAUCGCAUUACCGUGCACACGGGCGUCGAUGAUAUUCACAAUUAUGGCAUCAUUGAUAAGUACAAUGGGCGCACCCAUUUGCCGCACUGGGCAACGGACAACUGCAAUCGUCUCGAUGGCACCGAUGGCUCCAUCUUUCCACCCCACAUCGAGAAGAGCCGUGUGCUGGAGGUCUACGACAAGGAUCUGUGCCGUCUGAUGCCACUGGUCUUCGAACAGGAGGUGAUAACCUCGAACGAGGUGCCCGGCUAUCGUUUCACCCCACCCGAAUGGGUCUUCGCCGAUGUCGACAGUCAUCCUGAUAACAUGUGCUAUUGCCCAGCUGGCAAGCCGUCCUGUUCCCCCAACGGCCUCUUCAAUGUAUCGCUGUGCCAAUACGAUUCUCCCAUCAUGCUAAGCUUCCCGCAUUUCUAUUUGGCUGACGAAAGUCUGAGAACUCAAGUUGAGGGCAUUUCGCCGCCACAAAAGGAGAAGCAUCAGUUCUUCUUUGAUGUGCAGCCCAAAAUGGGCACCACACUGCGUGUGCGGGCUCGCAUCCAGAUCAACUUGGCCGUCAGUCAGGUGUUUGACAUCAAGCAGGUGGCCAAUUUCCCGGACAUCAUCUUCCCCAUACUGUGGUUCGAGGAGGGCAUUGAUCGUCUGCCCGACGAGGUGACGGGUCUGAUGCGUUUCGCCGAAACGGUGCCACCCAAAAUCCGUGUGGGUCUCAUUGUGGCGCUGUUCGCAUUGGGCGUGGCCCUGCUCCUGCUCUCGACAUUCUGCUUGAUACGCAACUCGCACAGGCAGAGUACGCUCCACCUGGAGGGCUCCAAUUACUUGGCCACUGCACAGGUGGACAUGAACAAGAAGCAGAACAAGGAUGCCAAUCCCAGCAAUGUGCGAUAUUGAUGACAUAUUAUUGUUCUGUGUGUUGUUUCUUGAUUAUAGGCGAUUUAGUGUUAGAUAUGUGUUUUAGCUAGAAAAACGCAUAACGCAUAACGCAUGCGGCUGUUGUGGGUGUUGCGGGUGUGUUAGCGUUUAGUCUAGAACAAAAUGGAGCUGGGAAGACUUAUGUGUAUGUACUUAUAUUAUGUAUUGAAUGUAUCGUAUGUGUAUGGUAGGUCCUCGUCUUGUAAGUACUUAAUAUGUAUGUAUGUAAAAGUUAUGCAAAUUGCAAGAGUAUCUAGAUAUGAUACUCUGGCAAACGGUCGUGAUCGCUUUAAGUCUCAAAUUUCUUGUUAUUAUUCUAUGUCACUAAAGAUCAACAAAAACAAAUUAAAUUGUCCGGUAUUACGGCACCAGACCAAAUAAGUCACAAGCAACCAACAAAAAUAUAAUACGCUCAAAAAAAAAACUAUAUAUCUAUAUAUAUAUAUAUAUAUAUAUGUAUGUAUAUAUGUUCACAAAAGCUCUCUCAAGUUCCGUCCCUCAUAUAAAUGUGCUUGAUUAGACCAAAAUUUGAAUGGACUGGCAACUUCUCCGAUGCGUUUUAAACGAACUACAACAAUUAAUAAUUAAUAAUAUCUAUACAUAAUAUAUAUGUGUAUACUUAUUUGUAUGUAUCGUAUCAAUAUCUUUAUAAUGUAUAUGACUUUAAUGUGUACAAUAAAUUACGCUAUUAUUUUAAUUAGCCACAUACAAA